AUGGAGUUAGUGCUUUAUUGGGCAACUUUUGACACAGUAGAAGGCUGUGAAAGAGAGUACGAAAGGCCUGGGUGCUGUGGGUGCUACUUGCCUUCGAGAACCAGGAAGUCUGGUGAGGUGUUGGUGCACGUCCCGUCUGGCAGGGCACGCGACAUCGCCAGGACACGUGGCACCUUGACGAACAGGUGGAGAAAGCGCGUUUUCGGUUGUGUAAUGGCUACUUCCAUUGAAGAAUGCGUCCAGCACCAGAAGCUGCGUUGGUUGGGACAUGUGUUGAGUAUGCCGAACCAUCGUUGGCCGAAGAGAGCACUGUUUUCCAUGCCCAAUCCAGAGUGGCGUAAGCAAAUAAUUGCCCAACCCUUGACUUAG